AGAGACUGAGCAGAUACCUGCUCUCUGGCUGGAGUCCUGGAUGACAGCAGCGCAGCGCGCACGGCUGUGCGUAACGGAGCACAUCCCAGCCGUCUUCAGGGAGAGAGAGGGGGCAGAGAGGAGAUCUGACUCCCUCUGAAGCCUCGGUGGAUGUUUGUCAGGGGUUAUAUGUGCUGUUUUGCGCGGACAACCUCCCUCAGCUGUGUGUUUCCUCCUGCAUCCCUCCAUCACUCUGAGCGGAGCAUCGCUCCGCGCCGCUCCGGUCCCUCACAGGACGGAGUCACAGACUCUGGGAUUAUUUCUGCACAUCUUCCGUCUGCUCCAGGUCUGAUCUUUCCUUGUGCCGCUUGGAUUGAGAAUUAGUUCCGGCUGAAACGCAGGCGCCAGUCAAGAAAAAGGAGAUGAAGACUUCAUCUCUCUUUUUUCACCUCCUCCUCUUUGCCUCUGGAGCCUGCGCUGAUGUCAAGUACAUCUCCAAGAGGAACUCAGUGGACGGAUGUAUCGACUGGUCGGUGGAUUUGAAGGAGUACCACGUGUUGGCCGGCGAGCCUGUGCGGGUCAAAUGUGCCUUGUUCUACAGCUACAUACGAACCAACUACACCAUGGCCACCAACGCCAAGCUGCGCCUCAUCUGGUACAAGAACAAAGGGGAUGCAGAGGAGCCCAUCAUCUUCUCAGGUCACAGGCUGAGUAAAGAAGACGACUCCAUUUGGUUCAGAUCCGCUGAAUUAGAAGACAACGGCUUCUACACUUGUGUCCUAAGGAACUCGACGUACUGCAUGAAAGUGUCCAUGUCAAUGACGGUGGAGGAAAGUGAUGAGGGGAAAUGCUUCAGUAGCAAAGUCCGCCAUCUGGAGAAAGCUGAGAUAACGCACAGCAAAAUGAUCAUCUGUCCUGAUAUAGAAGACUAUUUGGCUCCAUACAAACAACCUCAGAUGACCUGGUACAAGGAGUGUGAGCGGGUUGAAUGGAGAACCUCGAUUAUUGUUAAUACCACACAUAUUUGGAUUCCUGAGAUAGAGGAGGGCGACGGGGGAAAUUACACCUGUGAAUUACAAUAUGGAUCCAGACUGGUGCGGCGGACAACAGAACUCAAAGUCACAGCUCUUCAAACGUCCCAGCCUCCUAAGGUCCUUUUCCCCCCAGAGAGACUUUAUACAGUGAUAGAAAUUACACCUGGUAUGCCUCUCAGUCUGGACUGCAAGGCCUUUUUCGGCUACAGCGGAGAAACCCGAAGGCCCAUCAUCUACUGGAUGAAAGGAGAGAAGUUUGUGGAAGAACUUGCAGGACACAUUAAAGAAAGUGAAGUCAGGAUCCUGAGGGAGCAUUUAGGGGAGAAGGAGGUGGAACUGUCCUUAACAUUUGACGCCGUGGAGGAGGCAGAUCUGGCCAACUACACCUGCUACGUGGAGAACCACAUAGGGAGGCACAGCGGAAGUGCCAUCCUGCAGAAGAAAGACAUGUAUCGACUGGAGUUAGCAGGUGGUCUGGGGGUCAUCCUGCUGCUGCUGGGAGUCCUGACUGCUCUAUAUAAGUGCUACAACCUGGAGAUCAUGCUGUGCUACCGGACUCACUUUGGGAGCGAUGAAACUGAAGACGACAACAAGGAGUACGACGCCUAUCUGUCUUACACUAAAGUGGACCUGGAUUCUCUGGGCAGGACGAGCAGCGAUGAGGAAAUCUUUGCUCUGGAGAUUUUGCCGGAUGUGUUGGAGAAACAUUAUGGAUACAAACUGUUUAUACCAGACAGAGAUUUAAUACCCAGCAGCACCUACAUUGAGGACUUGGCACGUAGUGUGGAGCAGAGUAGACGUUUGAUCAUCGUUUUGACUCCAGAGUUUGUUGCCAAAAGAGGGUGGAGCAUCUUCCAGAUAGAGACCCGUCUCCACUCCAUGCUUGUUAUGGGAGAGAUUAAGGUGAUCAUGAUUGAGUGUGCAGACCUGAGGAAUGUCAUCAACUACCAAGAGGUGGAAGCACUUAAACAUACGAUCAAGGUUUUAUCCAUCAUCAAGUGGAAAGGUCCCAAAAGCAAUGAACUGUCCUCCAAGUUUUGGAAGCAGGUGGUCUAUGAGAUGCCAGCGAAACGCAGGGAGACGUUGUCCAGACGCCAGGUAAUGGACUCUGGUGAGCAGGGCCUCUUUGGUGACCUACAGACGACUGUCUCCACUAUCGCCAUGACAACGACCUCUGCCUCACUAGUGCCCCCUAAUGAGAAUCGUCAUGGACACCACCAGGUUGCCUUGGCAACAGAGAUCCCCGACUACAACCAGAUGACUUUGCCAGUAGGAGGAGGUCACACUGCUACAGCUGCCCAAAUGCGACAUUUCUGUCGCAGCUAUGAGUUCCAGCUCCCCCCACAGCCAUCCUCCAUGUCCCCUUCCCUCCCGGCUGCCUCCACCGUGCAGUUCUCCACUCUGGGCCCCGGGGGGCGCCACGUCUACUGCAACAUCCCCAUGACGCUGCUGAACGGACAGGUGGGUCAGAGCAGCACGCUUGGGAAGAAGCCAGAGCUCCAUCUGAACAGCACCUUCGUGCCGCUCACCAGCAGAGAACUCAGCUCUGACAUCUGGUAGAUGGACCGCUCCACUGCUACGCACUUACAGACAGCUUUUUCAAGAUCACUUGUUUGGACUGUUUUUUCUAGGAUUUUGGGACCUUGUACAGACUCGGUGUUGGACUGGUUUUGAGAGACGCCUGCCCGGCCGGCGGACUGCUUUGGGGCCGCCUCAUGCCACUGCUGUGAACACCACCUCUUAUAGAGCGGAGCGGCUCGGCUUGACUUCCAUAUACUGCCCCCCCCCCCCCCCCACAGAUCAUAAGAACAAUUUCACUCUGCUUUGGGAGUCCGAAAUGGUUUCCGGGAUUAAUACCAGCUGCGAUGUAGAGAGACGGCAUGACCACUGGAAGGAUAUGCAACCAAAUAACGUGUCUGACACACACAGGUGCAAACGGUUCCUGAAUGCUCAUGCAGAGUUCUCAGAAAGAUGCAUGGAUUGAAGAAGUAUCAAUGAAAAGGUAUCUGUAAAGUCUAGACCUCUUCUGUUCGCCCAGCAAGACGCCAAGUUGCACCACAGAGCACAAAAAAGUAUCUCUAAAGCAUAGUUUUCUCUUACACCAGCUGUUAUGAAAACCAGUUGAAUUUUUUCCGCAGUUUUAAUUUACAUGGACACAUCAGUCGAACAAACAAAACUUAAUGUAAGUUCAUUGAAAAAGUCUUCUCCUUGCAGUCAGCCAGCUUUAGAAUAUCUACUUGUUCCUCAGUUGGCCUGUACACACCAUGCAAUUAUUUGGUAUGUUGGACAAAGUUUAAACAACUACAGACAUUAUUAAUACAGCAAGGGAGCAGAUUGCACUUCAACAAGCUGAACUGGCUUACUUCCAAAUGUUUUUCAGAACGAAAGACAAGAUGAAUGAAAUAUCAAGCAAUGAUCGACAUUGCUGAAACCUAACUACUGGAGAAGCACAGAGAGAUGUAAACUAUUUAAAUAAACUAGUUCUCAGAAAAACCUCUUCACUACUUGACCUGGUGGAGUUAAGGUACUUCACCUCAAGUUAGUCAACUUAAACUGGUGAACUGGCCAAGAGAUCAACUUUCAACACCAAUCCAAUAGGUAAAUCUAAUAAGUGAAGGACUUGUCUUUUUCUAUGUGCAUGACCACCCAUUUAGAUAAAAAAAUAUAAUCAAAUAAACAUAGAUAAAAGAGUGAAGGACACUGUUUGUCACGGCCUCUUUUAAUAUACGCCUAAUAACCAUGUUAUGUUGAUACCGUAUAUUUGUUUUCUGUCUGGCCAUGACGCACAAAAACAAGAUCUGAUGAAGGAAAAAAGGAGGUGUCUCUCCAAAAAAUGUCUUUAUAAUUAAUUUUGUCUUGUUUUAUUUAAUAGUCUUAUGCUUAUAGAGGGUAUUUUUUUCAAUCCAGUCCAUAUGUUACGAUAACAUCUGUACAGCUUCCAUUACUUCUGUAUAAACCUGAACAUGACAGUGAUUUGUU